AUGGCAUCUGGCCAAGAGAAGGAUAUAGCAAGGGAGGAAGGGCCCACUGCACCUAAUGAGGUGGUGAACAAUGCUGCUGAGAUUGACCUCAAUCAAGAUGAGGCAAUGGCUGACCUUGAGUUGGAUGAUAUUGAGAACUUGGAUCUGGACCUUAGAGAUGAGCAUAACCAUGGUGAAGCUGAGAACCAUGGUGAAGCUGACAACCUUGGGGAAGAGGAUAACACCGGUGGAAAGGAGGCCACUGGUGAUGAAAAUGACUUCACUGAGGGUGAAGGCAUGACUUAUCCUAUCUCCGAGGAGAUUGUCCAACUCCAGGCUAAAGUGGCAACUCAGAAUAUCACCAUCCUGCAGCAGCAGACGUCAAUUGAUGGACUCAAGAAGCACACUCAGGACCUCGAGGCUAGGCUGAGCAUUACCAUGAAGGAGGUUACUGAGUUCCGUCGCAGCCUGGGCACUAAAAACCGCCAAAUUGAGUGGCUUCAGAAGACUUGCAAUAAUCUGCAAGCAUCAUUCAACAAGCUCAAUGAGCAGUUGACCCAUCCUAGGAGGGAGGGUAUUUAUGAACCUCCUCCUGGGCGUAGGCCCGCUCCUGGUGCUCAGCCGGCACCUGCUUCGCCCGCACCUACGCCGGCUCGCGUUACUGCAGCCACUCGUGCAUUGGAUGAGGUGGCCCGCAGGGCAGUGUAUGGCGCUAAGAAGCAGGCGCAGGGACCAUUUGGGUGGCCGGAGUUCUGCACCGCGCUGAAAGAGGCAUUCAUGGUCAAGAAGUCCAACAUCGAACUGCGCGGACGCCUUGAGAGUAUCAAGUGUCAUGACCGUUCGGUGCAGAAAUAUGCGGUCGAGUUUGAGGCCGCAGCACGCUCGCUCCAGAAGCCCUUGUCUGAGGAGGAGAUGAUGCACGUCUUCAUGAAAGGCCUCCCUGUCAACCUGCAAGAGGCACACAUGACCGGCGGCAUGACCAAUUGGACGACUUACAAGGAGAUGAAGGAGCAGAUGAUCAAAACUGACACCAUCAUUCGCACAUACAUCCAUGGUCCUGCAAAGCCAGACCAGCAGCCCCGUGCUGAGGGCUCUGGUGGUCGUGAAAACCGACCCCAGAAUGCCAACGGCGGAGGCGUAUGGCCCCCGAGCGGCGCUGGCCCAUGCGGGCUUGCGGCGGCCGCGCCCCCUCCCCGGCAUGGCCCCUCCCCCGCGGGCUUGCGGCGACCGCGCCCUCUCCCAGGCGCGGCCCGGGCCCCCGGGGGCGGGCCGCGGCGAGCCCCCUCCCUGGCGCGGCCCCGGGCCCCGCGGGAGGCCCCAACGCGGCCCCGGCCCCUGCUGGUGGGCAGCGGACGCGCUCCCCUCCCCGGCGCGGCCCCGGCCCCGAGGGCGGGCAACGGACGCGCCCCCCUCCCCGGCGCGGCCCCGGCCCCCGCGGGCGGGCGGCGGCUGCGCCCCCCUCCCGGGCGCGGCCCCGGCCCCGGCCCCCGCGGGCGGGUGGCGGCCACGCCCCCCUCCCCGGCGCGGCCCCGGACUCGGCCCCCGCGGGCGGGCGGCGGCCGCGCCCCCGGCCUCGGCCCCGGCCUUCGCGGGCGGGCGGCGGCCGCGCCCCCCUCCCCGGCGCGGCCCCGGCCCCGGCCUCCGCGGGCGGGGAGCGGCCACGCCCCCCUCCCCGGCCCCGACCCCUAUCAAAAGAUAUAA